CAUUUAAAUGAUGGUGGCAUGAACUGACUGAGCUGCAGUUAAUCCGUAUUCUGCACUACGGGAUUCACACCAUCAGACCUGACCUGCAUAUUAACCUAUUGCUGCAAUGCAUUGUCAGUCCUGGACGUCCCUGGGUUGUUUUUAAUUUAAACAUCAAGCACUGGAAGUCGAUUAACCAUUACCAGAGACACUUGCAAUGAUCUCGAUUACCUGAAUUUUCUCUCUGCCCGACCGCUCUAGAUAUUUUUAUCAAAUGGAUAAUGGAGACUGGGGGCAUGGGUAGUUUUCCAUCAUCUUUUAUAGAUGACUCACCCAAUUACAUUAAAUGUUGGAGGUCAUCUCUACACCACCUCAAUCUCCACCCUUCAGCGUUACCCAGACUCCAUGCUGGGGGCCAUGUUCCGUGGUGACUUUCCUACCACACGGGAUGCUCAAGGCAACUACUUCAUUGACCGGGAUGGAACCCUUUUCCGCUACAUAUUGAACUUCCUGCGCACAUCUGAGCUCACUCUACCAGGCGACUUCAUGGAGAUGGAUCUCUUGCGUAAAGAAGCCGACUUUUAUCAGAUUGAGCCCCUAAUACAAUGCCUUAAUGAUCCAAAACCGCUGUACUCUCUGGACACGUUUGAACAAGUGGUGGAGCUGUCUAGUACUCGCAAACUCUCUAAGUAUUCAAACCCAGUAGCUGUCAUCAUCACACAGUUAACCAUAACAACCAAGGUUCACGCCCUGCUUGAGGGAAUCUCUAACAACUUUACUAAAUGGAACAAACACAUGAUGGACACGAGAGACUGCCAGGUGUCCUUCACAUUCGGACCAUGCGACUACCAUCAAGAGGUGUCUCUCAGGGUACAUCUCAUGGACUACAUCACUAAACAGGGGUUCACAAUCCGAAAUACACGGGUUCACCACAUGAGUGAGCGUGCCAACGAGAACACAGUGGAGCAUCACUGGACUUUCUGCAGGCUGGCUUAUAAAGUAGAAGACUGACUAUGCCCAGAGUUAAAACUGUUACCUUUCUCAUUUGGCUGCUGCUAAUGUUCUUGCUAUAAUUGUGUAUUUCAUUGUUUGGUGUGUGACCAAACUCCUUUAUGAAGGGGAAAAGAAGUAAAUAUAAAGGGGCUCAUCAAGCAACUCAUUAUUGAAGUCAAAGAUUUGUUUAGUCAUUCUAUGUAGUGAAAAAGACUAGGACAAGAUUAAAUUCAUUUGUCCUUUAGAGGAUUCUUAAACUCCCAGAAACACACAACAAACAUGUUUUGGUACAAAUAAACAUGGUUUUGUCAAUCAUUUAGCAAAAAUAAACCACAAAUGUUGCACAAAACAUUGUGCACUAUGUGCAACAUCAAAGGUGUUGAUAUGAUGCAUGUUUUAACAUAUACCCAAAGUAUUAAAAUUUCAGUAUGUCAAAAA